CGGCACCAGCACACCCGAUAUGCUUCCGCUCAUCGUGAUCGUCGCCGCCGUCGUGCUCACAGUCGUCCUCGCCUUGAAGCUCGCCACUCGCCAGACGGGCGUUCCAACGGUUCGCUGGUACAUUCCACUCGUGGGCUCGGCGCUCGAUUUCGCAGCUUCGCCGAUAGCUUUUCUGCGCGCGUGCCGCACGAAGCACGGACCGGUCUUCCGGGUGCUUUUGGCCGGUCGCUACAUGACGUUCUUUACGUCGCCGGCGCACGUGGCCGUUUUGCUCCAGACCAAGGCGCUCUCGUUCGGGCCCGUGGUGCACGAUGUCUGUGUCGCAGCGUUUGGUCAUGACGCGGGGUUUGCGCACCCGAGCCAGUGGCACUACCGCCGCGUCCACAGCCUCUUUACACAGCACUUUGUCAACGGCACGGGACUCGCGGCGCUGAUCGAGGCCAACGUACUCCAACAGCGACGUGCGUUGCAGCGGCAUCUCGCGGCAUCUGGCUCGUCCCAGCUCCGCCUCUUUUCGUUCUUGCGCCAAGCGCUCUUCGAGUCGAGCUCGCGCACGCUUUUCGGUGACGCGUUCUGCGACACGCACGCCGACUUGUUGGACGAUUACGUGGCGUUUGACGACGCGUUUCCCGUCCUCGCCUCGGGCUACGUACCGACAUGGCUACUGCGCACGGCCCGCGCCGCCGCAAGCACGAUCGCACAAGGCUUUGGUGACGCGAUCGUGGAGCCGAGCCUCAUGCGCGGCUGCUCGCAGUUUAUGCUCGACCGUCUCCAGUUGUUUCGACGGGUGCAAGCUCCCUUGCACAACUGCGCCGGCACCCAGCUCGCGCUCUUGUGGGCGACCAAUAGCAACUCGGUGCCCACCGCAUUUUGGACGCUGUAUCAUCUCUUGCAUGACGUGGCAGCAUGGAAUGCCGUCCUAGCCGAAGUGCAUUUGCACUUAACGUCACCUGCGCUCGCGUCCGAGGCAACGUGGUCCAAAGCAGACCUCGACAAGUGCGUCGUUCUUGACAGCGCGAUUGACGAGACACUGCGACUCGUGUCAGCGUCACUCCUUCUGCGCGAAGCAACGUGCGAUGUCGAGUUGCCCCUCGAGCCGCCCGUGGUGCUGCGCAAAGGCGACCGCGUCGCAAUGGCUCCCUUCCUGCAGCACAUGGACGCGGCGCUGUUUCCAGAUCCAGAGAUCUUUCGCUUUGACCGGUUUGUUCAUGCAACCCAGGCGCAGCGCAGUGCCUUGCGCCCCUUUGGGCUCGGCGCUAGCAUGUGCCCCGGCCGGUUCUUUGCCAAGACGCAGCUCAAGUCGUGCAUUGCGCUGGUCAUGCAGCAUCUUCCCGGCCUGCGGUUUGCUUCGCUGCAAGCAUCGACCGUAGCCAUCAACCAGACGCGGGUCGGAAUGGGCGUCUACCCGCCGGCCACCGACGACGUUGUCCUUGCCUUUGACCGUGCAGCUGUGUAGAGAUAUUUUGUCAUGUGCAUUUGCCAACGAGUUUUUACGUAUUACAAAAUGUAGUGUCUAGUUAUUCUGUUCAAAAUGCACACCAUGUA